AUGACUUGCAAGAGGAAAUGGAGAAAAGAUGAGUGGGUUUUCGAUUUAUGCCCGCAACGGAACAAGAACAGCAUCAAACUCGCUUGCUCUGAUCUCUCAUAGGCACAUUGAUUAAACCCUAGUCGCGGCGAUGUUUACUUAUAA